ACCCGGAAGAGCGAUCCGCGGAGCUAGCGCGUCUGGCGGCGGCUGGGGGCCCGACAUGGACAAGCUGAAGAAGGUGCUGAGCGGCCAGGACACCGAGGACCGCAGCGGUCUGUCUGAGGUUGUGGAGUCAUCGUCAUUAAGCUGGGGCACCAGAGUAAAAGGCUUCAUCGCAUGUUUUGCCCUAGGAAUCCUCUGCUCACUUCUGGGCACUUUUCUGCUGUGGGUGCCCAAGAAAGGACUGAGCCUCUUUGCAGUGUUUUACACCCUGGGUAACAUGGCAUCAAUUGGGAGCACCGUCUUCCUCAUGGGGCCCGUGAAGCAGCUGAAGCGCAUGUUUGAGCCUACGAGGCUGAUCGCCACAAUCCUGGUGCUGUUGUGUUUUGCACUUACCCUGUGUUCUGCCUUUUGGUGGCAUAAAAAGGCACUAGCACUCAUCUUCUGCAUUUUGCAGUCUUUGGCCUUGACAUGGUAUAGCCUUUCCUUCAUACCAUUUGCAAGGGAUGCUGUGAAGAAGUGCUUUGCUGUGUGUCUUGCAUAAUACACUGCCAGUCUGCAGAGAGCACUGUGGAUGGAAGCUGGUGGACAAUUUUGUAAAUACCCUCUGAACUCUGUCUCACAGACAUGUGCCUUUCACUUGCAGCAAUGCAUUGCUUGCAAUUUGGACAUUUUGAGGGUUGCCCAUGGGAGCAGUCAUGAAUCCUAAGCUCUAAUGUCUGUAGCACAGUGUGAGGCUCUGGGGCUAGUGUAGAGGACUCUUCCUCAUGACCUUCUUCCUCUCUGGAUGGUAUCCCACCGAGUUCUCACACAUUAGUCUUUCUUUAACAACAGCAGAUAAGCUGCAGGAGCACCUGAUUCCCAGGCGGCAGCGGGAAGGUCUAGUAGAGACUAUAGGGGUGCAGCAGAAAGUAGAACUUUGAUGAUUUGCUCCCUCACCAAGGAAACCAUUGUCACUGCCUCACACAGCAUCUUCCCUGGUGUUUGAGAACAAGUGAUUCUGCCCUUCCUAAGAGCCUGGAGAGCCUGUCCUGGAUACAUUGUUCCUUCCUAUGGAUACAUUGUUCCUUCCUAAGAGCCUGGAGAGCCUGUCCUGGAUACAUUGUCCUUCCUAUGGGCUGCACCAUCUUGCUGUUCCUAAUCACAACUGCCUAUGGAAUGUAUUUUCUAGUGUUCGUUGUGGAUUCUUUCUCUUGCCCUCACCUUCCCAUGGCCCUUGUCUUGUAACCUUGGGACACUGCUUGAUUGAGAGUGAAGUAGUGACCUAAAUUACUAUUUGCUUUUGGACAAGAGUCACCAGAAAGUGAAAAACCUUCAUGUUCCCUGCUCUGUUUAUUUUUCUUCAUUAUUUAUAAAUAUUUACUUCUAUUGAUUUUAUUUUCCGUUCUUCACUGGAGUUGGGCCAAGGAAAGUGCAUGGGAAGACAGAUCCCUUGUGGGGCCAGCAGGAAGUAGGCAUGCCUGCCAAGCAACUUUUCAAUGCUCCAGCAUUGGCACUCAGCCAGCGCUGGACACUGGAAAUACACCAGCCUGCAGGUGGUCAUGUCUCAGCCUGAUGCCUAAGCACACACGCAGUGUUCUCGUGUUGGUGAUCUUAUCUGGUCCUCAUGACAGCCAUGUGAGGAACCAGGAUUGUUGUCUCGCUGUGCAGUCAAGGGACCAAGCCUCAGAUGCGUUUCCAUAUCACCUGAAGUUACAGCUGUGGCUGGGCCAACCCAGAGUCUGGCCACCUUGGUUCCAGCCUCCUUCAUGAUGACAUGGCUCUGGUCAAGCCUGCCAUCAUCUCUCAUAACCGUGUCCUUGUUCUCACCGUCCUGGGCUGUACCUUUUCCGGCUUCAGCAUCUGUGCCACCUGUGCCAUUUUCUAACUGCCCUCCAUCUCACUUUUGCACGCUUCCCUCCACAUCUAUGGGAUGGCCACCAUCCCCUAGCCCCUUUCAGCUGCCCUGUGCUUCCCAGGCAUCAUCAUCAGAUGAUGAUCUAGGUUUACCCUUUGUUCUUUGUGCAAGGCCAGAUCUACUCUGGUCUCCGCUUUGCCGGCUUUGGUUGUGGCCAAUUGCUGAACUGUGGCAAAUAACUCUGUCUUUUCUUCUGAGAUGGAGAAGGAUGGAUAGGCUUAUUAAGGCAGAGGGCAACUCAAUCAUUCUAGAUUCUUUUCAUGCUAUUGAAGGCACCUGUGAGGUCUUCCACCUGGCUUCAGUCAGGAAGGAAAAUUAUAUGCUACCCUCUGGCUUUGUGAGGCGCAUUCAUAUCCCAGGAGCCUUGGGAGUCAGUUCAGGUCUCAGAAGACCUCAGGUGGCAGAAGGGACAUGGGUAGUUUAGAGAUGCCCGUAGUUCCUAGCUGACACGAAGCUAGGCUAACUGCUUCAAGCUCCAGCCAUCCUAGAGUCGUGCACCUACAAGGCUGACUCUUCCAUGCCGUUUUCAGCAACUGAACUUGAGCUCGGGUACCUUUUAAAGAUGUUAGCAGGGCUGAAUAGCAUAGCCGUGUGACUGUGAGUAUAGAAAACAAGUAGAUCUGAGUGUGAGCAUGGUUCAGUCACGUGCUGGUUGAGUCCUUUAAUGUUACCUAAAGUUUGGUUCCUCAGUUUCUCUGUUUCAAAAAAAGUGGGCUGACAAAUCCUGCUGGCUCACUGGAGGAUGCUAGUGAAAGAUGACUGUAUCAGGUCCUUGGUAUGGGGCCUAGAAGAGAGUCUCUGCAAUAACUGCUGAGUCCUAAAGGUGACAGGAUGAAUGCUUGGCCAUUAAUUUGUCUAAUACUGAAUACUGUGUACAUCACUGUAGACACCACCAUACAUUAUGUCAUUGAAUGGUCACAGGACUUCCAGGCAAGAGAUACUACCUUCAUCAUCAUAAACUAGUAGCUGCCUCAGAUGAUCCCACCAGCAGGGACAUCAGUGAGGGGUCUCUAAGUGGAAGGUGAAGUCUUGGCUAGAAGAUUUUUGAGCCUAAUUCCUACACCUGUGGCCAAUUGACGCACCUCUGGACACAUUUAAGCAGCUUUUGGAUAACCGUCUUCCAGUAUUUUCUGAACUCCCAGAUUUUUUCUUUGUUGCCUUAUCCUUUGGUUGUUUCCUUUCCUUCUUUUAUUGGACUGUAAAAGGAAGAAAUCCACUUCAAAUCUGCUAAAGUCUCGUACCAAGCUAAUAGCAUCAAUUAGAAGCAACUUUAGUGAGGGAGGCUGAGGUGGAGAAUUAGGGCCUCUGACACUGGCUGGUGGUGGUGGUGUUUCCUCUCCCUGCCCUUCACACUCCCCAGUGAGCUGGCACCGCUGUGUGUGGGAAGUGAUGGAAACUCUUGAGUGGUCCAUGUCGAGGGAAUGGGGCACUCAUCAGGCUGUGUUCCAGGUAUGGGUGCCGAGCUCUGGCUUGCGUGCUGCUGCCUUCCCUGGGCUGUACUCUGUAGAGUGCUGCACUCAGGACCGUUGUGCCUUCUGCACCAGGAGUAGCUUAGGGUCUCCUUAGCUCCCUUCUACUUCAGGCUGACUUUUGGGACCUGCUCACUGAGUUCUGGCUCUCUCACAGGCUGACAGGCUUCCCUUUUCACAGACCAAGCCCUGAGGAAGCUUUUGUCUCUCCUGCUCCUCUGUAUGGCUUCUGCUCAGACCCAGCUCCAGGCAUCCUGUCUUGGGGGAAGGGUGAAAUACCAUUCCCAGCUCAGCAUUUUCACCAUGGAAAUUGUCCCAGUGCUGGGUGCCUGUGUCACUCUCAUGGUGCCCUUGUGGGUUGUGUCGUAAGUGCCACCUUCCUUCCAGAUAGUCGCUACAGGCUGAGAGAGUGGGAAAUGAAAUCAAGAAAUGCAUUCCAUAUAAAGAUUACUGUUUAAUGCUCAAUUAAAGUAGAUACUCAGCAGCUGGGCAGUGUCUGAAGCAGAUGUAGAGGCUAGGCUGGUUUGGCUUUUGUUUUUGACAUCCCCACAGUAUAUGGAACGAGGCUUGGUGAAGUGAAUUGGGCAACUAAGGUUCACCCCGUGGCUGUGGAUUUCCUUUCCUCUGGGCACCCUCUGCCCACCCUUCUGAUUUCAUUCUUCCUCAUUGGAGCCAGCUACACACUUUAAAUUCACAACCUAGCCUAAAACUUGUUUUCGGCUAAUUAAAGAUAAAAGAAAGAACAAUCAGUGUUUAAAACAGUAUAAAGAUGUUUGCUAGACUUUGGCAAUUUUUGUUUUAUUUUUAAUGUCCAAGUUCUAUUUUUUAAAAUAAGUUUAGUAUGUGCUGUAGCUUACAGAUAACAUUGUUUUAAAAGUGAAUGAACCUCAGCUGAAAUUCAGUGCAAAUACAUAUUUAUGUAACUCUUUGUAUCUAGAAGUCCAGAUUGCUUAGAAAGUUUUAUUUUAAAGGUUGCUGAGGAGGCGGUCCAGAAGUACCUGCCAUUUCAUAAUUUUGUGGUGUUUUGAGGUCCUGUGUGUUUUUAGGCGAGUGAAGUGAGAAUUGUAGUAGAGUUUGUUUGACCUCAGCUCAUUCAGGGUGGGGUAUAUAGUUCCACUUUGAGUAGUUCCAGUUCUUCUGUGAUUGAUGGGUGUCACAUGAAAGUAACCACUGCUUAGGCUUUGCCAUCAGCUAGUUACGUUUUUGUUGCAGCUUGGUAAAUGGUAAAUAGCAGUCUUCAUUAAUAUAAGCUGACAACAUAAAAUCUCAUUCUUUCUAUCAAGAGCUGGUAACUGGCAGCUAGACUUGGACAUGUACAAAGUGAUUUUUUUGCAGGUUGAAUGAUCUGAAACCAGAUAAAAAUAGGUCCAGUAGACAGAAAUUUUAUUAGAAAUGAGAGAGGUCAGCCCAUGGCAUCACAACAAAUAAUAAUGUAUGCUAUGUACUCAGAAUAAUGCCACUACAUGUAAUAGACUCAUUGCCUUUCAUGCAUGAAGCCUCAGAUUCAGUCUGUGAAAAUACAUACACUGGCCAUGGUGGUGCAUGCCUGUAAUCCCAGCACUUAGGAGGUGGAGACAGGAGGAUCUGAAGUGCAUUAGACCCUAUCUUAAAAAAAUUAGAAAAAAGAAUCAAAUGAAGUCUCAUGUUUGGGUUCCUGCACAUGACUCUUGUCUGUUAAAUGUCCAGCGUUUUUUUUUUUUUUCUGGACUUUUUCAUUGUGUUUGCUUAGCUUGAAUAAGGAAAGGAAAAAGAUUACCCCCCCCCCCCGAACUCUGUCCUUUGCAAUUGUGUUGUGAAGUUGAUAGUGAGGGCAUUCAAAAGCCUAUGAUGGAGCCACCCCUAUCCUUGUGACUUUGGGCAUCUGGGCACACUUCCCAACAUUAACCAAAUCCAAAAUGCCUAUGGUGGAUUUGUAUGCCUCCAGAACAUUGUACCUGUUGUAAUACAGUGAACUUUAAAACUUUGUUAAAACAAAUGAAACAAUUUUUAUAAUUGUGUAGGUGUAGUUGAUUUUGAAUGUUACUGAUUGCAUAACUGAAUUUUUAUAUCCAAAAAUACAUUUUUGAGAACUGCCUUGUCUGCUUUGAGGAUGUAUUUCAUAUAAUGUUUUCUUUUUACUAACUUACUUCAAAGAGAAAAAGUGUUGCUAGAGAGAGCUAGCUCUCCCUUUCAUAGUUAUUUUUUCCCUUUUUCUUUUCUCCAAUAAAUUGUAACAGCAUCAUGAUCUUUAA